AUAUUUUUCUCGUUUUCCUCUCGUUUUUUUUCCUCUCUCUCUCUCGUUCACCAUGAAUCCUCUUUGUGGCGAUUGAAGUAACAAAAUCAACAGUAGUUUUCUUCAAUUCUUCGACGUUUUUUUGGUGAUUAAUCGGUAGGUUUCUGGACUAUCUUUUUCACUGUUUGUAUAGAGGAUUCUUUCGUUUAGAUUUCUGGUACUGGUUAUUCAAUUAGGGUUUUUGCAAUCUUGUUUUUCUCUUUUGGUAUAAGAGGUGUUGAAUUCGUGCGUGAUUGUUGCUUCAGAUUUUAAGGUUUUGUAACCUUCGUAGUAAUUUGAUUUUUGGUUUUUGUGAAUUGGAUUUUCUUCCCUAAUUUCUCUGUAAAAUUUCGUGCUUUCUUAGAACUUAACCCUAGGAUUUCUUACGUGUAAUUGAAGAUGCAGUUUUAGGUUUUGGGUUUUUCUUCAGUGUGUGUUUGCCGAAAUUGAAUUGAGGGUUUUCUUUGAGCAAUUUGGUAGUAUUGGAAGUAGGGUUCUGUGAUUGUUUUGAAGUUUGGGGUUUUUCUUUUGUAUGAGAUUAAAGAACAAAAAUCAGUGGUGUAGAUUUUUGUAAACCAGGAUUCUGAGGUGGGUUUUUCUUUUUCUUUUUUGUGAUUGAAGAAGCAAAAUUGAAUUUAGGUCUUUGAAGUGGAGUUUAUGGGUGAUUGAAUUGGAGUUGCUUUUGUAUUGUGGAUGUUUACCAUCAUAUCUUGUGAAGGUUCAAUUAGUGUUUUGAUGUAUGGCACUUUGAGUUUUCAUUGGUAUUGAAACCUUAAAUUCCCAUACACUAAACUCUAAUUUUUAUUCUUGAGACUAUCACCAUCUGUUGUUUCAGGUUCAUAUCAUCUAGGGUCUCCUUCUUCUUCUCCUCAUCCUUCGACAUCAUCAUCUCAAGAACAAAGUGUCAAGGAAUCUGAUCAAUUUUCGCAACCUUUCAUACAUAAUGCAGAAUCUGAUGAUACCAUGGUUCAUUGUCCCUUCAAAAUUUUUGAAGAAUGUCAGGAUGGUGUUCAUUGAAAGGGGUAUGCCAAGACAUCAAUUCUUAAACACAUACAUGAUCGUCACUGGCCAUCACAGAAGGCUAAAGCAGUUUGUAAAGAGAGGAUAUGUACCAAUGCAGUAGUCUACGCGGCUUGGGAGAAAGUUCUUACCCAACUGCAGAUGCGGUUGUGUGUUGACUGUAUGAAAGUGCAUUCAUGGAAAAGGCCUUGUCGCCCUCACAAUGGCGAUAUUUUGGUUGGUCCCUUCAAUGGCAGGUACGCAGAUUUUUUUAAUAUUUGGUAUUGAUAGACAUGUAGCAGUUGAUAGUCAUCCCGUGGUUGAUGUUGUUGAGCAUCCUGUUGAAUCCUUAGGGAUUUAUCUAGAGUUGCUUGAUAUGCUGUAUCAGAAACAAAUUACUACAAUCUCCAACAUUCCACCACCGUGUAGGCUGAACUUUUCAAGAGCCUUAAAAACUGCACUUGACAAGAUUUUGGCUAAGCCCACAGAUUUAUCUGCUUGGAUUCAACUUUUGUUGUUACCAAUUUGUACCCUCAGCCUCUACAUCCCAAAAAACACUUCCGAAGAGAGGUCCGGUACAAGGAAGAAACUUUAAAUUGCUGCAGUUAAUCAAGCUUUGAUUGAAUGGGGACAACCAGAUGGUUGUUGCACUAUUGCUCACAGAAUAUUGGAGUUCGUAAAGCAGGAUCAGCAGACGCAACAACACUAUAAGAAGAAACUUAAUAAGACUAAUGUGCAGGCAUGUAAAAAGAAGUUAAACAAUGGACAUUAUACUGCAGCAAUAUGUAUCCUCUCUUCAAAUGGUGUAGCUCCAUGUAAUGCAGACACCCUCCAUGAACUGCAACUAAAGCAUCCUCAAGCAUCACCUCCCACCAUUCCUUCAGAUGACAUAGGUGUUGUUGCAGUUUCUGUAGAUGUUAAGGCCAUAGUGAAAGCUUUGAAGAGUUUUCCAAAGGGAACCUCCUGUGGAAGAGACGACCUCAGAGCUCAACAUUUAUUGGAUGCAACAAGUGGUGCUGCUGCAGCUAUUGCCGAGGACCUUCUUAAGUCUGUCACAGGGGUUGUGAAUUUAUGGUUUGAAGGUUAGUUCACACCUGAGUUGGGUGAAGGCAUCGCCAGCGCGCCUUUAAUAGCAUUGAACAAGCCCGGUGGAGGGAUCAGGCCAAUUGCAAUGGGGACAAUUUGGAGGAGGUUGUGUUCAAAACUUGUCGUUUCUUCUGUGAUUAAGGACAUGACAACCUACUUAUGCAAUCACCAAUUUGGUGUUGGAGUUCCAUGUGGAGCAGAGGGCAUCUUACAUUCCACCAACAGAUUGUUUGAGCUUAAAGGUAACCAAGAUAGUCUUUCUAUGUUAUUUAUUGACUUCACCAAUGCUUUCAAUAUUGUGGAUAAAACUGCCAUGAUUAAGGAAGUAAGAGAAAAAUGCCCAAGUAUCUCAAAAUGGGUGGAGUUUUGUUAUGCUAAGCCGGCCAAGCUUUACUAUAAUGAAUUCACCUUGUCAUCUGCACAAGGAGUUCAGUAGGGAGAUCCAAUUGGCACGUUACUUUUUUCUUUGGUAUUACACCCACUUGUACUUAAAAUCGCUUUACAAUGUACGCUUGACCUUCAUUUUUGGUACCUAGAAGAUGGUACGAUAAUUGGAGAUACCUUGGAAGUCUCAAAAGCCUUGAAGAUUAUUCAAGCUGAAGGUGCUGAGAGAGGAUUUUGUUUGAACCUUAAGAAAACUGAAGUUUUCUGGCCAACUUCAGAUCCCAAACACUAUGAUGUUUAUGUUUUUCCGGUUAAUAUUAGCAAGCCAGAUAAAGGUGUUAGAGUACUUGGUGGACCUGUAAGUUUAGAUGCUCAAUAUUGCAGUGUCAUUGUCAUGGCUAGGGUGGAUAAAACCAUUCAUCUUAUGGAAUGUAUCAAAAACCUUCAAGAUCCCCAAAGUGAACUCUUAUUACUGCGCAAUUGUGCUGGCGUAUCCAAGCUUUAUUUCGCUAUGCGCACCACCAAACCUCAGUUUCUGCAGGCUGCUCAGGUACGUUUUGAUCAAUUCUUACUGCAAUUUUUAAGGUACCUGGUUACAGGGGACGGACCUGGGUUUGGACCUAUACAACAGCGCAUUGCUACUCUCCCUAUCAGAGAUGGUGGCCUCGGAGUUUAUACCAUGGCCGAUACUGUUCCAUAUUGCUACUUAGCUUCGAUUUUCCAGACUAAGUAUCUCCAGGAUACCAUCUUGCGAAGCACCUUCGACUUCAGUCCACAUUUCCAGAUUGCUUUGGAAAACUACAUGGAAGUGUGUGGUUUAAGUUCCUCUACUUUCAAUAUCAAGGACACUGCCCCACAGCCUAUGCAUUUUCUGGCAGUUCGCUUCUUUGAUGUUGUUAAGAGGACCAUAUCCAACACUUUCAACUUGUCAGAACGUGACUCUAUUCUAUGGCAGUGCAACAGGCAAGCACAUGCUCAGGACUAUCUUAAAGUUUUUCCUAUUCCUGGACUUAAUCAAGUUGUUGGGCCACGUCAAUUCAGGUCAGUAUUACAAUACAGACUAGGAAUACCUAUUUUUGAAGGAGUUAGUUCUUGUUCAUGUUGUCAUAGAAUCACGGAUCGUUUUGGAGAUCAUGCAAUCCACUACGCAAGUGAGGUUGGUCAGAAAUUUCGACACGAUAUGGUAAGAGAUUUAUUUGUAGAUUUAUGCUACAAAGUAGGUGUUGCUGCUAGAAAGGAGGCAGCUUUGGGUUUUUCAUCUGAUACAAAAUCUUCUCUCAAACCAGCUGAUAUUCUUGUUUAUAAUUGGAAGAAUUGCAAGGACAUGUGUUUUGAUGUCACCAAUGUUUCACCCUUUUCUAAGGGAGGAAACCGCAGUUUCACACCCGACCACGCUAUUUCGGCGGCUAUUACUCGUAAGAGGAACAAAUAUGUUGAUAUAUGCUCGUCCAGUGGGUAUGGUUUUGGGGUUCUAGUUUUCUCAACAUUAGGGGAGUUGGGAGAUGACGUAGUUGUUCUUUUGAAGAGAUUGAAGAAUUGUAUGUCUAGUCACGAUGGUAACUCUUCUUUAGGCAGUUUUCUUAUUUCUAGGCUAGGCAUUAUUAUUCAAAAAGGCGUGGGAGCACAAAUUGUUGCUAGACUCCUAGCCAGAUCUGUGUAAAAAAAAUAAAAAAAAAA